UUUUUUUUUUUUCUCAGCUUUUGUUGGUUUUUUGAAAUAAAAAACCCCAUUCGACUUCGAUGGCAAACACUGACAAAGCCAAGGCAGUCAUGGACGUGCCUCAAACGGAGAGAAGCCAGUUGGUGCAACUUGCAAAUGAGCUCACCACGUCAUACGGCUAUGUGAACAAGCACAAACGCAACCAAAUGUUGAAGUUGCUUUCGAUGCUGCAACAAAAGCUCAGCUUCCAGUUAUUACCCGAAGAGGCGAGCCAGAUCCAACAAGUCGAACGAUUGCUCGCAGCCCCAAUCAGCAACCAAACGACGUUCACCAAGCAUCGUCGUCUGCUCUUGCAAGCGGCGGUUCACAAUUUGCUGAUCCGUGAUUUCGCUCCGAAUUUGGACAGCAUGCCUAGCCUUGGCGUUGUGAACUCGUUCACAAGCCUUUAUGAAGCGCUUUCGGCGUUGUUGGCCAAGUCAAACAAAUCUGCAGAAGACGUCGAAAAGAUCGUUUUAGCGCAUGAUGCACUCGCUGCCAAGUUACCGCUCAUUUCUGAGCAUCGUACGGCUCUAGCCGUGCUUGACGAGCAGCUCGACGUGGCACGCCUAGACGUGGCGUUCGACUCGUCCGUGCAGCAAGAUUCGGACAGCUACACUAUUCCAGGGGCUGUCAGUGCUCGUUACGAGGAGAUCUUAUCAGAUUUACCAGUUGUUGUGGCGCACUGGGCGUUCCAGCUCCUCAAAGCCCUGUUCAAAAACAAGCCAACUCACAAGGAUCCAGAGUUCACGUCGCCCGAACACAUGAAAGUGCUGAAUGACAUGUUCAUUUCCGACGUUGAGGAAGGGGAGUUUGUCAUGCGCAUUGGAAGUCCAGUCAAAGUGGUUGUGCUUCUCGAGCCUUCUCUCACUUGGCGGUAUGGCGGCCCGAAUCCUGGCAUCGUGGUGCAUCGUCAAACGAAAGACGACAGCCCUAUCACCGACAUUGUGAAGCGUGUGCGCGAGUUUGUGCUGUAGGGUCAUGCUAGCGAAGUUUUGUCGGUGUACUCGGGCUCCAUGAGGAGUUUUCCUGAGAUAAAUACAUGUAUGUAGAUGCAUA